ACGUUUCAAAAUUUUAAUCGUUUGUCAUAUGAUUUAGAACAGAUAUCAAUAAAAAUGAUAUAUAUAUAUAUUUUUUUUGUCGUCUUUCCCGUGAUUAGAUAAAGAUUAAAAGGAAAUAAUCUAAAGGACUUUUUUAAAAAUACUUAAUAUUUUCCUGUAAUAGUUUAAAGCUACAUAAUGUUUCAACUUUUAUUUCAAAUUUUGUAUUUGACAAUAUUCAUCAAUCCUAUUACACAGUUGAACAAUCAGCCUUCUUUUACUGUGGAUUAUGAACAUAAUCAAUUUUUAAAAGAUGGACGGCCUUUUCGUUACGUAUCGGGAUCAAUGCAUUAUUUUAGAGUUCCAAAAGAAUAUUGGAAAGACCGUAUGUUAAAAAUGAAAGCUGCAGGAUUGAAUUCAUUGCAGACUUAUGUAGAAUGGAGUAGUCAUGAACCUGAAUUAGGAACUUACACAUUUUCAGAUAAUAACGAUGUUUUUACAUUUCUACAAACAGCCCAAGAAGUUGGUCUUUUAGUAAUUCUCAGACCUGGUCCUUAUAUAUGCGCAGAAAGAGAAUUUGGAGGUUUACCUUAUUGGCUAUUAAGAGAGAAACCAAAUAUUGCUUUGCGCACAAGUGAUCCAAACUUUCUUUAUUAUCUGGAUAAUUGGUUUGAUGUACUGUUACCAUUAAUAAAACCAUUUUUAUAUGAAAAUGGUGGGCCAAUAAUUAUGGUUCAGAUUGAAAAUGAAUAUGGUGAAUUUGGCUGUGAUUAUGAAUACUUAAAUCAUCUCAGAGAUUUAUUAAUUCAUUAUUUAGGCAAUAAAAUUAUAAUCUUUAGAACUGAUGUUCCUGAUACAAAUUAUUAUAAGUGUGAUAAUAUUGAUAAUGUUCUUACCUCAGCUGAUUUUGGGCCAAAUUAUAAUGUUACAUCUGCAUUUGAAACGGUUCGAAUUUUCCAGCAACAUGGUCCUUUAACAGUUACCGAAUAUUACGCAGGAUGGAUGGAUACAUGGGGACAUAAACAUUUUAUUGUCGACAUUGAUAAUGUAUGCAAAACUCUUGACAAAAUUCUUUCAUACAAUGCUUCUGUUAACUUUUAUAUGUUUCAUGGUGGAACUAAUUUUGCAUUUACCAAUGGAGCCAAUCCAUCUUUCAAUGUUCUAGUAACUAGUUAUGAUUAUUCUUCUUGUUUAUCAGAAGCAGGAGAUCCGACUGAACUUUAUUAUGCAGUGAGAAACAUUAUUGGAAAAUAUGUUCCACUUCCACCUGAACCACCACCAAAACCUUCUCCAAAACUUGCUUUAGGUCCUUUAAAUAUGAAAUAUUUAGCCCCUUUGUUACAUUCUAUGAUAUAUCUUGGAAUUCCAAAAACAGUUUUUUCUAAAUAUCCUAAAACUUUUGAAGAAAUAAGUCAGGCUUAUGGUUUUGUUAGCUAUUCAACUGUAAUUGAAUUCAUUCCAACAAGUCCCUCUGUAUUAAAUGCCACAGGUUUGAAUGAUCGUGGUUAUAUAUUUGUCGAUAACAAGUUUCAAGCAAUUUUGAGUAGAGAAAUGAAUAUAUUUCAUUUACCACUUAAAAUCUCAAGAAAUCAAAUACUUACUAUUCUUGUUGAAAAUCAAGGAAGAUUAGAUUCAGCAACUUUGGACUUCAAGGGCUUAACUUCAAAUGUAACAUUAGGAGGAAAAGUUUUAACUCAGUGGCUUAUUCAAUCAAUUCCUUUAAAUAAUACUAAAUUGAUUCAUAAUUUAGAUAAAAUAUAUCAUCCAAGAAAUCCAGAAGAAACUUCAGUCAAGGUACCAGGAUUUUUUAGUGUGAAUUUUACCCUUCCAAAUGGUACACUUUUAGAUUCAUUCCUUAAUCUUCGUAAUUGGACGAAAGGAGUGGCUUUUCUAAAUGGAUUCAAUCUUGGACGUUACUGGCCAGUAAUGGGACCUCAGGUUACAUUGUAUACUCCAGCAACAUUAUUUAACCCUUAUCCUCAACAAAACAAUUUAGUUUUAUUAGAACUAGAAUCCACAUCUUGUAACAUAAAUGAAUCUUGCACUAUUGAAUUUGUGAACCAACCCAUUCUAGAUGGUCCAACACCAAUUAAAUAAAGUAAAACAAACAUCUGUAAACUGAAUUUUCCCUUAUAAUAAAGUAAAAUCAUACAAUAAAACAACUUAAUUAUAUGUAUGUUUUCAAACAGAAUGUGUGAUUUAAAUAUCUUAUAAUUUUAUUUUCAAUUUGUGAAAACCUAGUUGCAAAAAUUAGCUUUACACAGAUAUUUGUACUAUUGGUCUAUAAUUAUAUAAUUUACUAUAUUAUAAUCUAUUUGAUAUGUAAAAUUGUAUAAAUUAGAAUUGCACAGUACCAAAUAUUUUUUUAGUUUGACGUUUCCAUUUUUAACAGGUCUUAGCAGUUUUUCUUUCAGGAUGCAGUUUCCUGCCUUCCAACUCAACUUAAUGUUUAACCCUUUUUUUUUAAAA